CACAUGUACGCAUGUGUAUAUAUAAUAGUAUAAUAAUAAUAACUUAUCCUUGAAAGGUUCUGCUGUUAGUUAUAGGUAGUUUGCCAACAACAAAUAUGUCUAUAGUCUCCUCUCAGCAAAGCUUCCUCACCAACACCCUCAGUACUCCACCUUCUAACAAACCCAAUACAAAGAUUCUAUACCCUGUUAAAACUAUCUCAUGCAGAUACCCACCUCAUGACCACCAAGAUUCUCGACGGAAGGGUAACAACCAGUUCGCAAGGUUGGCCGUAGUGACUCUGGCAGCUGGGGUGUUGACACUGGGCUCAGUUUACGACGCAUUGCCAAGACUGGUGGAAGAGUUGGCGGCCAGGCUUUCCGGCCAUCGGCUCCCCGGUCAGUCCCCAGAAUCAACAACACUUCUAGGUAACAUUUAUAUCAACCCUCACAACAGCCUUUAGUUGGUGGGUACAGUUACGGUUAUGGUGCACCUUUCUUUGGAGGCUGGGGUUGGUCACCAUUUUCAUUCUUUGCACCUGGUCCAAGUGCUGCCAUUGGCAUUGGAGGUGGAUUUGAAGUCAUAGCUCUGUUUCUGUUUCUUUGGGCUGUAAGUGCUGUUGUGAGGAGAUUUAUUCGAUCAAGAGAUGAAGAUGAUGAGUACUAGUGGCAGAGAAAAACCUUUUUUUGAUGUUUGAAUAGAAUGAUAUGUAUAAACGUUUCUCUUAAAGUGGCUACAAUACACUUUUAACCAGCCAUCAUGUUGUAUUAUAGACCAUUAUUCUGCAAUGUAAUUGUGCCAGGGAAAAUGGAUUCU